AUGUCAAAUAAUAAAAAACUAAUAUCAUUCUCAACUAUACUUAUAGGCUUCCAGUUUGCAUCCUUAGCUGCACUAAUCAUAGCAUGUGUCACUGCUCCUGUGUUCAAACAAAUUGGUUUAAGUUCAUAUAACGGUAUCCAUUAUGGUGUUUUUGGUUAUUGUGAUGAUACUUCUACAUGUACUAAAGCUUCUGCUAAUUACCAUCCGUCUGAAGUAACCUCCAGUAGUUCAAAUUGGAAGCUAGAUGAUUAUGCAAGAAGUACUUUGGGAGAAUUAUUAAUUGUGGUUCCAAUUAGCGCAGGUGUUCUUUUUAUCGCCAUGGUUUCUAACAUUAUAUCUACUGUGUUCUCCUUCAAAGCUAACGGAACUUCAAGUCUAAUCAUUUUUAUUAUUAAUUUGAUUUUAUCAUUUUUGGGUUUUGCGGGUUCAGCCUUCAGCUGCAUUGUUUGCUUCCUUUUAUUUUAUCCCAAUGUUACUUGGUGUUCGUGGAUUUUAAUUCCUUCUGCAGUUUUAGCGUUAUUGAGUUUACCUUUAACCUUUUUCAUUUACUACAAUAAUAAUGAAGACCAAGAGGAGGAAACUGCCAGCACAAAAGAUGGAGAUGAUUAUAGUAGUGCUAAUCCUGUUGUUAAUAAUACCCACGCAUUUUCCACCCUUAAUAAUAACAAAAGCGGUAAUUUACUUAAACAAGCAACUAAUUUUGUCGAAGAAACCAAGACCGUCACAGAUGACGAUGAUGAUAGUAGAGAUGCUGGUACUGGAUAUGCUAGCCAAUAUUACAACAGGGCUGGUAAAAGUCACAGUACAUUAGAUAUAGGAUUAAGUUCUAGUGCCACUAGUAACUAUAGAUCCUAUGAGAAUCCAUAUCUACGGACUCCUCAAAAUAGUAAUAACAAUAAUCUAGCUCAAACUAAUACUUUGGGCACUGAAAGUGAAGCAAGCAGUGGCUCCUACACGACAGAAAAAAAAUUUAUGAAGGAUGUACACGCUACAGAAAAGGAAGACGAAUAUGAUGAUAUUCAUUCUCUAAAUAAUAACAAUAAGCAAGAAUAUUUAUCGAUGAUUAACCGUAAUGGUUCUAUAAGAACUAAUAAUGAUCGUGUUAACAAUGAUAGAUAUGCCAAAGCUUCUCUUUCUUCACCGACAGAGGCUUAUGAAGCAUCAGAAUCGUCAUCCAAAUACAGUACCAUUCCAUGCAACAGUAACAAGGCAUAUGAUCCUAGAAAUAAUUAUUUGGAUCCAUUAAGUAAAAUACCUAGCAAACCAGAAACAUUUUCCACCCAAAUAUUGAGACCAAAUUCUAUAUUAGAACGUAAUACUGCCGGUGUUGGUAAUUAUACUGGCAAAAGAAGUACUGGUGAUCCAAUUCCUAGUUUGCCGUUCGAUAUCAAGCCAGCUAAUACUGCUUCCGCUGCUUUGGACAAUAGUAAAUUUGGCCACGAUGGUUCUUAUGGUAUUAACUCUGCUAAUUCAUCUGCUAACAAUCAUGGUGGUCAAGUUCCAUUAGGUUUAACUGCUGACCAUAAUAACAAUAGUGUUAUUGGUGGUGAUAGCAGUAAUAAUAACUCUACAAACGAUGGUCUAAGCGAUCCGGGCUCAUAUUUCACUUCUGUAUCUCAAAGAGGUGUGAAUCCAGAAUAUUAUCGCAGAAAAGUACAACAUGGAUUAACUGCCAAUAAUAAUUAUCAACAGAGUCAACCACCACAGCCUUAUCCUUCUUCAGCAAUAAACAACGGAAACCCAUACGUUAAUAGUUCAUUUGGCUACACUGCUCCCCCUUCAUCCCAACAGGGUUAUUUUAUGCCUCCAGGGCAACAGCAGCAGGGUCUACAGCAAAUUGGUAGCGCACCCUUGCCACAACAACAUAUGAUGAUGGGAUACCAACAAAGUGCGCCACCUUUCCAAGGUUAUUAUUAUAUGCCUCAGCAACAAAAGCAACAAGUUGAUACUUCACAAUUCUUGAUUGCACAUAAUCCAGAUUUCGCUAUUGGUGGUAUUAAGCCUAAUAGAAUGGGUAUUAACACUACAGCUGCAGUUAGCGGGAAAAGAUUUCAACAAUCACAUUAUACACCUGGGUAUAAGAGAAAAUAUGGCAAUAAAAAUGAACAUACAACAAACAUGAUAUUGAACGGUGGUGGUAAAGUUUCUGCAAAUAAGGCUGGAGCCAAUGGUAAUUAUCCAAUAGUAGGGUUUAGGUGA